AUGUUGUCUACUAUGAAUAUAGUGAUGUGGGUGGGUGUGGUUCUAGGUCUUCUAGGUCAAGGAUCAUAUUCCUUGUACACUCCUGCUGAUAACUACUUGCUCGUCUGUGGAUCUUCACAAAAUGUCACCUUUAAUGAUCAAACCUACGUUCCUGAUUCAGUAAAAUCUUCAGUUUCUUUAAAAAGUCAGGGAAAUUCUUUUGUUGCUACCUCCAAUUCCACUGCCCCAUUUCCAAUUUACCAGUCUGCUCGAAUUUUUACUAGAAAGACAUCUUACAAAUUUGUGAUCGAGAAAGAAGGCCGGCAUUGGGUUCGCCUUUAUUUUUAUCCUGUUCCAGGUCACAAUUUGACAUCAGCCUCGAUUACAGUUGUUACCGAGAACUUUGUGCUCUUGCACAACUUCAGUUUCAAGACCUUUAAUGGUACUUACCUGUUUAAGGAGUAUGCAAUCAAUGUCACUUCGGAUAACUUGGUACUUAAUUUUAUUCCUUCAAAUAACUCUAUUGCAUUUGUUAAUGCAAUCGAAGUUGUUUCUGUCCCGGAUAGCUUAAUCCCUGAUCAGGCAGUUGUUCUAUCUCCCCCUGGCCCUUUUACUGGGCUUUCUGGAUUUGCUCUGGAAACCGUUUAUCGUUUAAAUAUGGGCGGUCCCUUGGUCACUGCUCAGAACGACACUUUGGGAAGAACUUGGGAGAAUGAUGUUAAGUAUCUUCAUGUCAACAGCUCAGCAACAAAUGUUUCAGUUAAACCUUCAAACAUAAAAUAUGGUCCCACUGUUACCCCUGAAAUAGCACCAUAUUGGGUUUACUCUACUGCUGAAACCAUGGGAGAUGCGAAUGUUGUCGACGUGAACUUCAACAUCACUUGGGUCUUGCCAGUCGAUCCAAAUUUCAUGUAUUUUGUUCGGGUACACUUUUGCGAUAUUGUGAGCAAAUCUAUGAACAGUCUGGUGUUCGAUCUAUAUAUAAAUACUGAUAUGGCAUUUGGGAGUCUAGACCUAUCAAAGCAAGCUGGAAACUUGGACGUCCCCUUCUACAAAGAUUUUGUCUCCAACACUUCUGCUGGUUCAGACACACUAUCUGUUAGUGUUGACAUUAGGGAACUCAUUUCUUUGGAUGAUGUUAUGGAGGAACUUGGAUUGGGUCCAAAUGGUGGACUUAUUUACUGCAUGGAGUUCAAGCAGGAGCUGGUGGUACCGAGAGCAUGGACUGGGCUUCAAUAG